AUGCACAGGCUUAAAGGAGUCUGGAGAACCAAAGGAGGAUAUGAGGUACUAGAUGUCGGUUUUGGCUAUUUCUUAGUUAAAUUUGAUCUCUUGGAGGAUAGAGAAAAAGUUCUCCUUGGAGGACCGUGGAUGAUUACUGGUAGUUAUGUUGCGGUUAAACCUUGGAGUUCUUCAUUCAGACCUUGUGAAAACACUUUUGAAUCUACCAUGGUUUGGAUAAGAAUCACAGGUUUAAACAUUAACUAUUAUCAAGAGAAAGCCAUGAAAAUGAUUGCGUCAGCUGUUGGUAAACCGAUCCGCAUCGAUUUAGCUACCAAGUCUGCAGAGAGGGGAAAGUAUGCAAGAGCAUGUGUGCAAAUUAACUUGGGACUUCCAAUCAUAAAAAAGAUUCAAGUUGAUGGUCAUAUGUAUGACAUAGAAUAUGAGCACUUGAAUUUAAUUUGUGAAAAAUGUAGCUGCUUUGGGCAUGUAACAAGAGAAUGUGCGAAAGAGAACAACAAUGACAUUGGGAAGGAAACCAUGGUGAAGGAGAAAAAUUUGCCGUCACUGUCUUCGGUGGAUAACAAUGAGAAAACGGCAGAAGGUAGUCAAAUCCCAGUAAAAAAUCAAAAUUCAACUUUUGAAUUUGGAAUUAAUGCCAAAUCAAUUCCAAUUAUGGAGAAGCAUGGAGUAGCGGGUCUUGUGCAUGAUAAUUUACAAGAAUCACGCAUGGAUAGGGAUACUCAAGCAAAAGAGGAUGAAUGGGUUACAGUUAGUAGAAAAGGCAAGGAAAAAGUGGGUAAAGGCCCCAAUGUAGUGCCAAAAAAAGUCAAUGUAGCAAUAUGCUCCAAUUUGGUGAGUAAGAAAUUUUCUUUUGGGUAUAAUAAAAUGCAUGCUGGAUCCUCAUCAAAUGCAAAGGUGAAGUCUUUAUCAAAUGCAAAGGUGGAGCCUAAGGAAAAGAAAUAUCCUCCAUCCACGCUUGGCUCUUUGGGAACAACUCAGGUGGCUUUCAAGGAUCAGAGUACUCCUUUUUUUAAAGCAGGGCACAAAAGGCAGCGUCCUAUUUCGCUUCAAAACUCACCUAUUGAAGCAUUGUCAACGGAUUUUCGAGUACAAAAAGAGCUUGAUAAAGCUAGUGCAACAACAAACUUGGAGAACCAACCUCAACAGAAGAAUGAUGGUUCUGCGACGCAAGUCCACCAGAAGACAAUUGGAGACAGGGGUCCAUCAACGUGA